AUGAUCGUGGCCGACAUUAUCACCAUCUUCAAAGCCCACCCGUGGCUUGUCUGCCCGGUGAUCCUUCUCUUCUACUUCGCCUACAAUCGCUAUGCCCAGGGCCUGAGCCGGUUCAAUGGUCCUUUCCUUGGUUCCCUAACAGACUUGUGGCGAGUGUAUGAUGUGCAAGCCACCUCACACCUGCCACCCUUCCUUCAUUUACAUGAGAAGUAUGGGGGCAUUGUGCGACUUGGUCCCAAAAAGCUCUGUUUUGCCCAACCCGAAGCUAUCAGAGACAUUUAUGGCUCAAAGGGUCUCUCAAAGAAAUCGGACCUUCAUCUCGUCUCUCAGCCAACCUCCCAAGGCGUCAUAUUCCCAACUCUGUUCUCCACAACAGACCAAGCCUGGCACGAUGCUGUGCGUAGGAGCGUCAGUUCCGCAUUUACGAUGAGCACCAUGGUCCAAUACGAGGAGAUGGUCAACGAUACAAUUGCUGUCCUCUUUAAGCAACUUGAGGAGCGAUUUGAUGGUAGACCUGGGGAUGACGGCGUGAUCGAUUUUCCCAAGUGGAUCCAUUUCUUCACGGACGACGCGAUUACUAGAAUCACCUAUGGCCAGAGUCUUGGUCACAUGGAGUCGGGCCAAGAUGUGGACAAUAUCCUAGCCUUUAUGCAUGCUGCUGGCACCCGCCAUAUCAUUGUCUCGCAGAUGCCGUCGCUCGACUAUGUCAUCCGAAAGAAUCCCGUGUACCUCUGGCUGCAACGACAAGGGUUGUUCAGAACGGCACCAGGAAAGGCUGUGGUCUUUGCAUCCAAGCAUCAGUCCGAGCGUCGUCGUAAAUUCGAAAACAGAAAGGCCAGGGAAGCUGAAACCGAUGUAGAGUCGGACAUGACCCUGACUGACCGUCUACUCUUGGCGACGGAGCAGAAGCAGAACAUGGGCGACAAGGAGCUCUUGGCUAUGGGUCUGUCGCUGGUUGCUGGUGGCUCAGACACAACAGCUAUUAGUCUGAGCGCACUCUUCUACUAUCUGAUGAAAAAUCCCGAAUGUUAUCGGAAACUGACCAAGGAGAUUGACGAUGCUGCAGAGGCGGGCCGCGGCGUCAGGGUUGUUCGAGAGGCUUCCAAUCAAUCCAGUCACUGGGGACUCAUGUUUUCAGAGGCUCAAAAGUCUCCAUACUUGAGUGCAUGCAUCAAAGAGGCAUUUCGCAUGCAUCCGGCCACUCGUUGGUUCCCAGAGCGUGUCGUCGAAGGCGCGGGGCAGACGAUUUGUGGCGAGCACAUACCGGCCGGUACAGUGGUUGGAGUCAGCGCCUGGGCAAUUCACCGAAACAAGGAUAUCUAUGGUGAAGACGUAGAUAAGUUUCGGCCAGAACGAUGGCUGGACGAGGACGAGGAAAGGCUCAAGUUGAUGGGCCGAUAUCUCUCCCAAUUUGGUUCAGGUGGCAAUUACACCUGCAUCGGUAAGAAUAUAGCCUUGUUGGAAAUGCAUAGGCUGGUUCCUGCCUUUGUCCGACGAUUCCAUAUUGAAAUGGUCAACCCGGACAGGCCAUGGAGGUUUCUAUCGAACAACUUUGUUGUGGUGACGGAUUUCGACGUGAGGAUCAAAAGACGCCAUUUGGACUAA